UCUCACAGUUAGUCGAAAGAUGGCGGAAGCUCCCCUACGGCCCAGCCGGUUUUUCUGUCACCGAUGUUCGGCAGAGAUCAGCCCUCGUCUCCCGGAUUACACCUGCCCCACGUGUGAAUCUGGCUUCAUUGAAGAGUUGCCAGAGGAGAGAAGUGCUGAAAAUGGGUCCACCUCCACAGCCACCAGCAGUGAUCAAAACCGGCACCCGUUCGAGAAUGUGGACCAGCACUUGUUUACAUUCCCCCCUGGGUACGGCCAGUUUGCUCUGGGGGUAUUUGAUGAGAGCUUCGACUUUGGAGCGGGGCUGUCAUCAGAAGACAACAGGGAAAUGGAGAAUCGGCGGGAACGGGAGCUUGCGUCUCGGCAGCGGUACGGUGCCAGGCAACCACGGGGACGCCACCUGCCACGGCGGCAACCAGGAAGGCACGAGGGAGUGCCCACAUUAGAGGGAAUAAUUCAGCAGCUAGUCAAUGGAAUUAUUGCUCCAACAGCAAUGCCAAAUAUUGGUGUGGGACCCUGGGGUGUGCUUCACUCAAACCCAAUGGACUAUGCGUGGGGUGCCAAUGGGCUUGAUGCAAUUAUUACACAGUUACUAAAUCAGUUUGAGAACACUGGCCCUCCUCCAGCAGACAGGGAGAAAAUCAAGAGCCUUCCCACAGUUCAAAUCACAGAAGAACAUGUGGGUUCAGGUCUAGAAUGUCCAGUGUGCAAAGAGGAUUACAGUGCAGGAGAAAAUGUGCGGCAACUUCCAUGCAAUCACUUAUUUCAUAAUGACUGUAUAGUACCGUGGCUGGAACAGCAUGACACUUGUCCAGUGUGCAGGAAAAGCUUAAGUGGACAGAACACAGCCACCAAUCCUCCAGGCCUAUCAGGAAUGAACUUCUCCUCCUCUUCCUCAUCCUCCUCCUCCAGCUCACCCAGCAACGAGAACACCGCCAACAAUUCAUAAAACAGACCCUUCUUCACCUCCAGCCCUUUGUUCUGCCCAUACUGGGCCUUCCUCUUACCCAGCCACUGAGGGUCACCCAUCUCAUCACUUUGAAGACUCAAAAAAAAAAAAAAACAUGGACAACAUGAAGACCAUACAUUUCUUUUCCUUAUUACCCACUGUAAAACUGGAACUGGAAAAUCAGAACAAGCUUAGACUUCUGCACUGCUUUUCUGCAUCUGCAGUGGUCACUUGCUGAGUGGACUUGUCCCAGCAGGGGGAACAUAUGGAAGAGAUGAGGAACUGAGAAAUAGCCCAGCUAUGAGAGGGGCAGCUACUGAAAAACAGCAACAAAAGAACGGGCCUGUGCUACAAAGGAGCCAUUUUCCAGUGUGUGCUCACUGAGGUUGAGGGACACACGCAUCUUUAAAAAUAUAAUUUUGCUUAAAUCCUCAUUUGGCUGUACAGCUAUUAGCAGAAAAGGGGAAAUAUAUGUGUACAUAUAUUCAUAUUUUUUAAAUAGUAAUUUCUGUAUCUGUACAGCCAAAGGACCCAAGAAUAUCUUUGGGGAGGGAGGGAAAGCUGAGUGUGUGCAUUUGAUUAAGGUUUGAACUUCACACUAAAGGUUGAAAUAAGGUGGGUUUUUUUAUUAUUUGUUUGGGUUUUUUAAAAUCAAAAACAAUUUUUGAAAGUGAGAUGAGCUUCAGGUGGUGCAUCAGUGAAAUAACCGGGUCCAUCCAUCGAUCGGUCUCGCGUAGAGCCUGGUCUGAGGCUCAUCCUCUGUGAAAUGCAUGGUGUAUUACUGUUGGAACUGCAUCAGCCUGCAUAAUUGCAUCAGCCUGUUGUUUUUCAAGCAAACUUAGCCUUGCCUACAUUCUGCGAUAAACCUCUAAUACAAGGAGCAACACCAAAACUUAAUGUCACAUGCAUUUAUUUUAUUCACGUCUUCUCAUGGCGUUUCCUAUGUAUAGAAUCCAAGGGGGACAUCUUUUUAUCAACAGGAGGAUAUCCACAUUUCUAUAUACGGCGGUCUGGUCACUUUCACACACUCAGCCUUUUCAUAUCUUUUAUUACAUACUCAGUGAAUUUCAGUAAAAUGCAAGUUUUUUUUAACUUAUUCUAAGUUAAUGAAUUGUUUUGUAAAAAUCAUAAUAAAAAGAGAAGUAUGACUAAACUGUAGAUGUUGUAAACCCGUGGUAACAAAAAAACGGUAGAUAAAAUAAAUAAGGAUUGGACACUUCCCCUCAUUCCAGAGAUGCCUUUAAGCUGACAGCUACGUUCUCAUGGGGAAUACACCCAGGAACCCUUCCUAUUAUCUUAACAGGGAUCUCGUUUGUGACAAUUUUGUUAUUUCAUUUUUUUUUUUUUUACAUUUUAUUUACAUACAUUUCAUAAUUUUUCCCUUAAUGCUUUUAAGAACAGUGAAAAGUCCCAUAUGAAUUACAGAAAAUUGUAAUUUAUAUUGUGGCCACAGGGUAUAAGAAUUAAUUAGGGAGAAACAUGUUUACUUGCAAGAUGAAUGAUUAAAGCGUGUGCUCCAAUGUUCUGUGCAAGCUGCUUAUAUGGAACAUAUUUUCCUGUCUAAUUUUCCUCAUUGUAUUUUC